GAGGCUGUGCUUCGCCUAUAUAUUGCCGGACAGAUGCCUGGAAUUUCAUAGUUUCUUGUGCUUCGCGGACGCGUACUGACUCCAGAGGAUGGCCCGUACUAAGCAGACCGCUCGCAAGUCCACGGGUGGCAAAGCGCCUCGCAAGCAGCUGGCCACCAAGGCUGCCCGCAAGAGCGCCCCGGCCACCGGCGGUGUGAAGAAGCCGCAUCGCUACCGGCCCGGCACAGUGGCGCUGCGCGAGAUCCGGCGCUACCAGAAGUCGACAGAGCUGCUGAUCCGCAAGCUGCCCUUCCAGCGCCUGGUGCGCGAGAUCGCGCAGGACUUCAAGACUGACCUGCGCUUCCAGAGCUCUGCCGUCAUGGCGCUGCAGGAGGCCAGCGAGGCCUACCUGGUGGGGCUUUUCGAGGACACCAACCUGUGCGCCAUCCACGCCAAGCGCGUCACCAUCAUGCCCAAGGACAUCCAGCUGGCGCGCCGCAUCCGCGGGGAGAGGGCGUUGAGGAUGUCUGGACGCGGGAAGGGCGGCAAGGGGCUGGGGAAAGGAGGCGCCAAGCGGCACCGUAAAGUGCUGCGCGAUAACAUCCAGGGCAUCACCAAGCCGGCCAUCCGCCGCCUGGCCCGCCGCGGGGGCGUGAAGCGCAUCUCGGGGCUCAUCUACGAGGAGACCCGCGGGGUGUUGAAGGUUUUCCUGGAGAACGUCAUUCGUGACGCUGUUACCUACACGGAGCACGCCAAGAGAAAGACCGUGACCGCCAUGGACGUGGUCUACGCCCUGAAGCGCCAGGGCCGCACCCUCUACGGAUUCGGUGGUUAAGCCUCGCGAAAGAAACCUAGAACAGCUGUUGGACCCAAAGGCCCUUCUAAGGGCCACUCACUUCUGCACGGAAAGAGCUGGGCUUGCUCUGGAGGGAAGCGCUCCGUGGUGGCAAUUGUCUUACUUGCCUUAGGUUUAAUAGUUUUUGUAAUAGUAAGCAUAUAAUAUAGUAGUUAUGCUUCUAAAUGUGCUUUA